ACCACGAACCACAGGUAAAGCCGCUGAUUGACACAGUUCGAAGUUCGAACUCAAACACCAUUCACCCCUUCCCAAUCUCCGCCUGCCGCCGCCGUUGCUGCCGCCCACCGCCACACCCUCGCUUCUUCUCUCUGAUAACUGAAGUGAGUUUCCUUCUCGCCUGUGCUGUAAGACAAUGAAGGUCAAAGUCAUAUCACGCUCUGUAGAUGAGUUCACCCGAGAACGAAGCCAAGACCUUCAGAGGGUAUUCCACAAUUUUGAUCCCAUCCUUCGUCCUCAAGAGAAGGCGGUGGAGUAUGUACGUGCUUUAAAUGCAGUCAAAUUGGACAAGAUUUUCGCAAGACCGUUUAUAGGGGCAAUGGAUGGGCAUAUAGACGCGGUUUCAUGUAUGGCGAAGGACCCUAGUCAGUUGAAACAUAUAUUCUCAGGUUCAAUGGAUGGAGAUAUUCGACUCUGGGAUAUAGCUUCAAGACGGACUGUUUAUCAAUUUCCCGGUCACCAAGGUGCUGUGCGAGGCCUGACUGUAUCUACAGAUGGACGUAUUCUCGUGUCAUGUGGAACUGAUUGCACUGUCAGACUAUGGAAUGUUCCUGUUGAUACUCUUAUGGACUCAGAUGACUCAACUAAGAAUACUGUUGAGCCGGCAAGUGUUUAUGUUUUGAAGAAUGCCUUUUGGGCUGCUGAUCACCAGUGGGAGGGUGAGCUUUUUGCCACAGCUGGUGCUCAAAUAGAUAUAUGGAAUCACAACAGGUCUCAGCCAAUAAAUAGUUUUACAUGGGGAUCAGAUACUACAAUUUCUGUUCGGUUUAAUCCGGGAGAACCAAAUCUCUUGGCAGCCUCAACUAGUGGCGGGAGCAGGAGCAUAAUUCUGUAUGAUAUACGUAUGGCUUCUCCAGUGAGGAAAAUGAUGAUGGAGACAAAAACCAAUUCUAUAUCUUGGAACCCAAUGGAACCCUUAAAUUUUACGGCUGCAAAUGAAGAUGGAAACUGCUAUAGCUAUGAUGCUAGGAAGUUGGAUGAAGCCAAAUGUGUUCACAAAGAUCACGUUUUUCCAGUGUUGGACAUUGACUACUCACCAACUGGCCGAGAGUUUGUCACUGGAUCUUAUGAUAGAACAUUGAGACUGUUCCCGUAUAAUGGUGGUCAUAGCAAGGAGAUUUAUCAUACUAAGAGAAUGCAAAGGGUAUUCUGUGUCAAGUUCAGCGGUGAUGGAAGUUACGUGAUUUCUGGCAGUGAUGACACUAACCUCAGGCUUUGGAAGGCAAAAGCAUCAGAACAACUUGGAGUGAUUCUCCCAAGGGAACAGAAGAAACAUGAUUAUUACGAGGCCAUAAAGAAACGCUACAAGCACCUCCCUGAUAUUAAAAGAAUUGAUAGGCAUAGGCACUUGCCAAAACCAGUAUACAAAGCUGCUGCUGAGGCACGUAUUAGGGCGGAUUCUAAGAGAAGAAAAGAACAAAGGAGGAAAGCUCACAGUGCCCCAGGAAGUGUUACAACACAGCCAUUACGGAAAAAAAGAAUUAUCUCUGAAGUUGAGUAAUGUUUUCAUGAGCUGGCUAGAGUUUUUAUGGCUGAUUUCAGCAGCAUGCGUAUGGUGGGGAGUUCAGCUGAUUUCUUUGGCAAAUGGAUAUAUGGCCACAAAUUUAUGCCUCGUUAGCUGAAUGACGAAGUAUGGUGCCAUGUACGUAGCAGAUUGAUGAAAUCCAUAGGUUUAUAUAGUUUUGUGAUGUUUACUUCUUGAUUCAGUGCCAAUGCAAAAAAAUUUGCUCUAUAAAUUGAUGUUAUCAUAAAACCCUUUAUACGUCAUAUUGACAUUUGUAGUUCGAUUUAGCGAUUAUGACUUAAUGUUACAUAUAUUGAGGUUUUAUUAGAAGGGACUUUCUAAUUCA